AGAACAGAAAGUGAAACUGUUCUGCUCACACCGUUUUGCUUAAACUACCAUAUUCAGUUUUAAUUUUAAUGGGAAAUUCUUCAUGGCGUUACAAAGUCGAUACCUGCAAGUAGCAACUAACGCAACGUAUGUAAAAGUGUACGAAUAUUGUAAUUAUAUAGACAGAGUUACCGUUUAAUUACUUUCCUUUUGAACUUUAUGAUGCAACAUUGCAAGCAAGGGAAGACACACACAUGUGGACCAACGACUACCGUAAGUACAACUAUGGCGCUCCAAAUAUUCCAAAUAUGGGACGAAACAAUGAGAUUUACCAUCAAAGGGCGAAGCAGAAACUUUGAUAUUCUGGGCGGAAGUAGUUGAAUCUCGUUUUGAGUCUCGCUGGAACGAAGAAAGCAUGAGUACGCCGGUGUUCAUAGAUUUGCCUAUUCCUGAACAGGCUCAGGAAUUAAGAAGCUACCUGAAGUCAUUGGGUGCUGACAUAUCAGAAGAGAAAGCGGAAGCAGGCAUUCUUACAGAUUUGCGACACAUUAUUGAAGCAAGCAGUAUUUGCUGGAAUUUGAAAGAUGUCUCAGAAUCUGAUGUUGAAAUGAUGUUCAAUAGUGUGACAUCACUUAUCCUUGUAUUGCCGUCAGAAGAGAUGUUAGAACCUGUCACACAUUUCUGUGAGAAAGUUACCAAAUGUCCACAAGGAGACAAGAGGGGCUCUCUUCGCUUAAAACUGUUAUGUAAUUUAUUCUAUGGACUUGAUGAGAGAUCGCCAUUACGAGCUGACCUGUACGUUUCUAUGGUGAAAUUGGCACAGCAAGCUGAUCUGAUACAAGAAUUAGCUAUCAACUUAGAACAGGUAAAGAGAUGGGUAGUACAGUGGGACAUCAGCACUACAAAACUACAAAACCUUCUCCGAUCUAUCCAUGAUGCCCUGAUUGACGCAGGCAUGAGUGAUAAAGCCACAAAAGUGAUGAUAGAUUUGUUGGGUACCUACACAGAGGAUAAUGCCUCCCAGGCCCGGGACGACGCCCACAGAUGUAUUGUGACACAUUUAGGGGACCCAAACACAUUUUUGAUGGAUCAUCUUCUUUUGUUGAAACCUGUUAAAUUCUUGGAGGGAGAACUCAUUCACGAUUUACUGACGAUUUUUGUGUCGGGGAAGAUUUCUCAGUAUCAACAGUACUACAAAAGUAACACAGACUUUGUUAAAUCUUUAGGCUUAUCCCAUGAGCAGAAUUUACGCAAGAUGCGAUACUUGUCAUUUGUUCAACUUGCUGAGGACAAGAAAGAAAUUGAGUAUGCAGUAAUUCAGAGAGAGAUGCAGUUAGAGGAAGCAGAGAUUGAGGACUUCAUUAUUGAUGUGCUUAGAACCAAGUCAGUGAGGGCCAAGAUUGACCAGCUGCAGAAGAAAGUCAUUGUAAUGUCCGCAAUCCAUCGUACUUUCGGGCGACAGCAAUGGCAGAUCCUAAGGCAAACACUGAUUCAGUGGCGGGAAAAUCUUUCUCAGGUCCAGACCAGUCUUCAGCAGCUUGAUAUGAUACAGUCCCAGGUCCAGUCAUAAACCGAGGCCGAAACCCAAGGAUAAUACUCGUAACAGCGAGACUCGAGACUCUUGUGUCAUUUAGAAAUUGUUUAAAGUGUUUUUAAUGAACAUUAAAAUGAUAAAUUAUGUAUUUUAUAAUGACAAUAAAAUAUUAAAUUGGA